CCGAAGGCGUAUUCUGUGCGCCCGCGUCCCCUGUUUCUCCUGAGACCAACCUCGCCGUCCACCGGUGGCGCUAGGGUUAGCGGAUCCCCGGCGCUGCCGAUCGGAGGGAGAUCGCCGCCAUUAGCCAACGACAAGCUAGGUAGAGAGAGAGAGAGAUAGAGAGAGAGAGAGAGAGAGGAGGAGGAGGAUAUGUCGUCGUGGGGGAGCGCGCUCGUGCACAUCUCGCCCUACACCUUCUCCGCCAUCGGCAUCGCCGUCUCCAUCGGCGUCUCCGUCCUCGGCGCCGCCUGGGGGAUCUUUAUCACCGGGAGCAGCCUCAUCGGAGCCGCCAUCAAGGCGCCCAGGAUCACCUCCAAGAACCUCAUCAGCGUCAUCUUCUGUGAGGCUGUUGCAAUUUAUGGUGUAAUUGUGGCAAUCAUCCUCCAAACAAAGCUUGAAAGUGUACCAUCAGCUCAAAUUUAUGAUCCAGAGUCUCUCCGAGCUGGCUAUGCAAUCUUUGCAUCUGGUCUUAUUGUUGGCUUUGCUAAUCUUGUUUGCGGGGUAUGUGUGGGAAUAAUUGGAAGCAGCUGUGCAUUGUCUGAUGCUCAGAAUUCAUCACUCUUUGUAAAGAUCUUGGUGAUUGAGAUCUUCGGCAGCGCGCUGGGUCUGUUUGGAGUGAUUGUGGGCAUAAUCAUGUCAUCUCAAGCAACAUGGCCAGCGAAAGCAUAGCGCUAUCCAUGUGGGAAUCUGUAAAUUACUUCGGGGAGACCUACAUCUGGUCCAGUUGUUGUUGUUUUUUUUUUAUAUAUAUCGCAUUUUUUUAGUAAAUCUUGUAUAUUUGAUGCUUUAUGCAUCUGGUGGUAGACAUACUGUUCCUACGGUAAAGACUACACAACUACUGGGUACUUCCACCUUGUAGUUGUAGGUGAUAGUAUGUAGCUUUUGCAGAUUGACAUUGUGGUCUGCGAUUAAAUAAAAUCAUUGGACUCGAUAAUAAAAAUACCUACUGAUUCUGGGUGGGUUUCUCGUU